UUUCUGCAAUUUGUCGAAAAUCACCGAUUGGCGAUUUGCCUUGUUUGACAUUUGAUUGAUUGUAUCGGUUUUGGUUUGGUUACAUUAUUAAUUACGAUACAAUGGCAGAAAAGUGUUGUUAAUGCUAUUCUUCAGUGACGCGGUGCUUUAUAUCCUUUGAUCCCUUUAUUGGUGCUUUCAACACAGAUUUAAAUAAAAUACCAAUACGAAAGAUUACAUUUCAAUCAGUUCCAGGCCGGUGUUGUGCUUUCAUUUCAAGCUCUGCGAUGUUUUUAUCUAACUUGUGAUUAUAAGUUUUAAAUAAUACAGUUGGUAUAUCAAAAUCGCCAUGGAUCUUCAAACGUCCCAUUUGGCUGCUGCUUUGAUGUCUGGCACUAACUCUUAUGCCACUAAUACAGCACCAGAGGCAGUCAAAAGUGCUCCUGAUGAAGUUAAGGCUGAUAAACCUACCGAGAAAGAAAGUUUAGAGGAAGAAAAAGAAGAAAUUGGAAGUGGUGAAGAGUUUACAGAUGAGGAAUCUGAAACACAAGCAGGGAGCAAGUCUACACCUGGCAGAGGUGUGACCCUACAAAUGUUAUUGGAGGAAAAAAUGUUGGAGCCAGGCAAUGCUGCAAUGACAAUAGAAUAUUUGGGUCAAAAAUUUGUAGGUGACUUACAAACUGAUGGUAAAAUUAAAUCCCAUGAGACUGAAACUAUAUUUUGCUCUCCGUCCGCUUGGGCAAUACAUUGCAAAAGAAUUAUAAACCCUGACAAAAGGUCUGGAUGUGGCUGGGCAUCUGUCAAGUACAGGGGCAAGAAACUGGACACAAUCAAAGCCACUUAUUUGAGGAAGAAACAACUACAAAGGGAAAACAUGCAUACUGAUGAGGAAACUGAAAUGGAAGUGGAAAAUCCUCCAGAACCGCCACCACAAAGGGUUGUGAUGAAACACAACACUGUACCUAACAGGAUGAUGCAACAUGAUGCAAAUAUGCUCAUAGAGGCAGUUUCAUUCUCUUCUGUAGGGAAAGUGCAGCCAUUUUUGGUGUCAGUAAGUUCUAAUGCUUGUCUUAUACUUGAUAUACAUUGUCAUCUGAAGAAACAAGAAGUUUAUGGAUACCUCGCAGGAACAUGGGACCUUAACAGUCACAAUGUGAUGAUAACUCAUACAUUCCCUUGCUUAAUAAGUAAAAAUGAUCCCAGACCACGGGUACUAGUCGAACUAGAGAUCCAGAUGGAAAUUGAGAAGCUUGGCUUAACUCUCCUUGGAUGGUAUCACUCACACCCGACGAAUCCUGCCAUGCCCAGUCUGAGAGACUGCGAUAAUCAGUUGGAGUAUCAAAUCAAGAUGAGAGGGCCGUCGGAGAUUUCGUACAUACCAUGUAUUGGAGUCAUAUGUUCCCCUUAUAAUCCAGAAAGUCCUGUCCUGGAGUCUUCAUUGACCUGCUUCUGGGUGAUGCCACCGCCGGAGCAGCGCCCCACGGAGUACCCGCGGCCCUUACUGCUGCAGUAUAACAUGAUCCACGACACGCACCUCACUCCACAUGCCAUGGAACAGAUCAAAAACAGCAUUAAGUAUUACUUCACUUAUCCCGAUGAUACUUUCGUUAACUUCAAGGACAACUUCAAGCCAGAUAUUACAUAUCUAGACAAAUUAAAGUCCACCUUGAUGCCUAAAUUCCCGCGGGAGCAAAGCGAUGGUCUAUUGUGGCAUUUUAUACGUGACGAACUAGGCUGCUCCUCUGAGCAUGAUGACAAAAUCGACUUGGAUGCUUUAUUGGCAGUACCUCAGCCUAUCCCCGUGUCAAAACCAAGUCAAGCCACAUCUAUUCCGAACUUUCCAUCAGUUAGCACAUUGCAGCAAAUGGUCAGCAGGCCUGCAGGAGUACCCCCGAUUAACGUUUCUUCAGGUCUCGGAUCCGCUUCUCCCCACAAGUUUGAAACGCCGCCGUUAAACAUUCCUCUUAUGCCAACUUCAUCUAAAUCCUCUAAGUCAAGUACUCCAUCAUUACCAUCAAGUUAUCCAACUGGCUUGGAUAUGUUAACAAGCAUGGCAUUAGGCUUGGGGACAUCUAACAUGCCGAUGCCUUUAGGGGCAGGCAGUUUGGAAAGUCUCGCCGCCGCAAACAGUAUGCUAACAGGUCUCACGCCAGGGAUGUCGUCUAGUUUAGCGGCGAGUCUGACCGGUGGGAAACUUCCUGACCCGCCUUCAUAUGCAGCUUCUUUACACAACUUGACAAGCAGCAUUGGCAGCUACGAUAAAACAUCUACCAGCACUUCGACCAGUACCACUUCCGCGGCUCCCAUACCCGCCAGUAUUGCCUCGAAUCUCAUGAUGAGCUCGGCAGACAUUGCGAAUGCCUUGUUCUCGGCUAGUAAAUAUUCCAGCGCUGGAAUACUAGGAAUACCCGAUCCGAUGUCCAAAUCUACAUUAGCCGCCAACAAUAUGUUCUUAUCGCCAUCUUUGAUGAAAAUGCAGGAGUCUCUCAUGAAACCACUCUCGAGUAGCAGCCCUAUCAGUACUAGAGUAGGUUUGGACCAGAGUCCACUCAUGAAGUCUCCUCAUGAUUUACUAAAAGGCAACAAAGACUACUUGCCACCAGAUUUUGGUAGUAUCGGGAAGUCAAAAUCAGACACCCCAUUGGAUCCCAUGAAUUUGACUGAGACUACGACGUCUUCAAAAGCAGAAACAUCGAAAUCAGACAAUAUUGACCAACAGGCGACCGAUUUUAGCUUGCCUUCUAGGGUUGGUGGUGAGUCAUUUUUGAAUCAAAUGCUGGAACUGACGAAGAAAACUACAAUGCCCGAUUAUUUAGACUACAGUCAGCCGUUAAAGCUGUCAAAGUCUGAAGACUUAUCUGCGCCAGCACCAAGCCACUCGUACUCGAGUACGGGGAGCAUCGUGGACACAAUAUCGCAAGUUGCGAUGGGCAAUUACUCGGGCCACGAUGAGCCUAUAGAUUACGGCAAGGAGCAAGAUUAUAGCACGACGCAAAGUACGGCUGGCGAAAAUGGAAGUUAAGAAUCUCAUCUGUGCUACUUUUCUCAUAAGUAUUAUAUUAGCCUACUAGUAUUACGUAUUUGAAUGUAUUGUGUAACUAAUGUCGUCCAAGCCUAAAGCCUAAGGUUUUUUGUCGUCACUAAUGUUGCUAGAAGGAUGUUAUAGGGAGAGUACAUAGUAGAGGGCAACAGCAUGUUUAUUGGCGCGAAAUGCACUUGCUAUACCGUGAAGUGUCAAUGUCCCCUUUAUGUUUUCGAUUAACGCGCACGGUCUCUAUUGAGAUAUAAUGAAGUGCAACAGAAUUUUUUGGAAAAUAUAGUCAAGUGUGUUUGGUACGAGAAGCAUUCAACUUAUACACUCGAAUAUUUGAUCAUUUUAACGAAAUAUGUUAAGAAUGUGUGUGUAUGAAUUGUGAUAAAAUAUUGAUCGGUUUUGAUACGCGCGAAUAGUAAAAUAUUCGAAUAUUAUGAAAUGGUAUGAAUUUUACAAUGAUCAGCAAGAUUAACUAUCCCAUCGAGUGAUGAACGAAUGUUAUUGAAAUAUGUUAUUUUUUUUUAUGGUAUAGGAGGCAAACGAGCAGACAGGUCGCCUGAUGGUAAGCGAUCACCGCCGCCCAUGGACACCCGAAACACCAGAGGUGUUGGAGGUUGCCAAAUUAGUAUUGUAAUGAAAUGAUUGCGUGCAGUAUUUAUUUUACACUUAAUAAAUUAAUAUUAACCUCAA